AUGGCGUCGGUAACGUCGUUGGAUAAAGACUUACGCAACUUGCGACUAUCCCGCUAUACCCCGCAGGCAGCCGCGGAGGUGCGCGACUGGAUCGAAGAUGUGUUGCGCGAGAAACUCCCAUCUUUUGAUCUAUUGGAAGGACUGAAGGACGGUGUCGCUCUAUGCAAACUGGUCAAUCUGGCCGUGUCACCUGGUGUCAAGUUCAAGCAGUCAGCGAUGCCAUUCGUUCAGAUGGAGAAUAUCUCGCAUUUCCUCCGUGCCUGCCAAGCGGCUCCAAUCAGCCUCCCGCCACACGACGUCUUUCUGACCGUUGACCUCUACGAAGCGAAGGAUCCUGCGCAGGUUCUCCAAUGCUUGGCUGCGUUUAGUCGGAGGGCAAAUAUCCUGCAGCCAAAUACAUUCCGGUCUGUUGUUGGUCCACAAAGUAAACGGGGGGUUAUCAGUCCCAAUGCGACUGGGUCUUCGAAUUCGGGAUCCUAUAGUCGCAAUCGUGCCUUGAGCAAUGUCAGCGAUGCGGGUCGAUCGGGGAGCCCUGCCAAACCAUCCGGCUCUUUUAGUUCUUGGAGUAAGAGGGAUGACGAGUCGAAGACAGCACCGGCAUGGAAUAUCCACCAGUACGGCUACAUGGGUGGUGCCAGCCAGGGCAAUCAAGGCAUUGCAUUUGGUGCUCGACGACAGAUUACAAGCCCUGGUCCAGCUGUUCCUAGUCUGGCAGAGAAGGAGAAACGCAGAAAGGAAGAAGAGGAAAUUACUCGCCAACAGACCGCGGAGAGGGAGGAAGCCGAGCGGGCUCAUCGAGAAGUUGAAGAGCAGGAGGCUCGUGCUAAGGCUGAAGAGGAGCGAAGAUGGAAUGAAGAGACGACACGUCAAAGAGAAGAGGAACGUCGCAAGAUAGAAAGUGAGAAACGCCGAUGGGACGAAGAAAAGCGGUUGUGGGAGGCAGAGGAAAAGCGUCGACUUGCAGAAGAAAAAGCUGCCGAGGAGCGCCUUGAGGUGGAGCACGAAGAGGAGCGUCAACGUCGGCGCAAGUCUGCCGAUUCUCGUCUCAAUGGUCAAUUUUUGAGCCAGUACCAGGCGGGCCAGGCCAGUGCUUCUCCGAGCGGGGCUACAUCUACUGAUGAGACCCCCGAAAGCCGCCGUAUCAAGGAGCUUGAGCGCGAGUUGGAAUUGGCCAAGGAGCGUGAGCGCCAAUAUUCGAGCGAGAGACAGACCCCAGCCGAGGAAAAUGACACCUCGGAAUCUCAACCUCGCAGCCGUAACAGUGCACGCCCUGUGCCUGUGCCCCCCAAACCGAGCUACAGUCUUUCUUCUCUGGAGCAAGAACGCCGACUCCUUCGCGGCGAAUGGCAAAACACUCAGAAUAUCCCGAUAACAGAGGAUCAUGGUGAUGGUUUCGAAGAUGAAGCUCCACCUCCUCCUCCUCGGCCCCUCCCACAGCCUGUGCCAGCCCUCCCCGCCAGAGCUCUCCCUCCUGCGCCCCGUCCCCUUCCAGACCCGGUAGCAUACUCUGCCAAUCAAGGUGCAAACCGUACCGACCGCUUCCUGAGUUCAAACCCAGCCCCCACGGCACCUACACCCGCUUCGCACCGGCCCCGAGACUACACCACAACAGCCGAAGUCGACGCAGAGAACAGUCGCCGCGAGGCAUCUCAACAAAAGACCAAGGCCGGUGGUUGGGCCUCAAAGUCCUUACUAGAGCGUGAAAUGGAACGUGAACGCGAGCGCCAACGCGAAUGGGAAGAGAACCAGAAGCAAACACAAGCUGCUGCACGCGAUACCUCCCUCGGCUCGGGCCCAGGCCAGUCUUGGGAUGUUCACCAAUAUGGCUAUCUCGGCGGAGACAACCAGAACCGUGGUGGCCAGGGACUCGGCAUCGGAGGCGCCAGGCGUCAGAUCAUUGGACCUCGGCCGCCUCCGUGA